GGGCAUGACAUGUGAGCCAAGUCUGCACAGAUACAACAAACACCCAAAGUAUGUCUGCGGCAUGGGCGGGUCGAUGCUCUGAGGGGACUUGACACAGGUGAACGAGAGGCUCAGCUGCAGAUUCUCCUGUUUUCUUUUUCCUCUCCACGGUGAGAGGAGACGGACACGGCAAGCUCCCCCCCUCUCCCACCACCACCACCCCACCACCCGUGCAUGCUUCACCCUGUCUGGCGGGCGUCAAGGUGCAGCAGGCGGGAGAGGGAAAGGAGGAAGAGCCGCUGUUUGGUGAACUAUCAGACAAAACGUCUCUGCGCAGAACAACGCGACGGCUUUUACUGAGUGACCGCAGAGACACACGGGGAGAGGACACUAUGUCAAAGGACACGAGAGGAAAAGGAUCCUCAAGAAAACACAGCGCCACUCAUUGGUGUCUGCAGAAUAUCGCACAAGAAUCAGUUGACAGCUCCGAUGAGGAGUUCUUUGAUGCCAGAGCAGAUGUUAUGGAGGGAAGAGCGCCAUUUUGCCUGGGCAUGAGUCAGUCGAACUCAAAUGACCUUCUGGAGCAGAUUGGAACCCUGGGACACAUGGAGGACCAGUCGAAUGAGGGUCUCUACCAGCUGGGCGGUCCACGCUGUGCCCCUCAGAGCAGCAUUGAGGGACUGGAGGACACAGAGAGGAAAUGUAAGACGCAUGUGCUGCUGUUGGUGGUGCAUGGGGGGAACAUCUUGGACACAGCAGGCGGAGACCCCAGCACAAAAGCUGGUGAUGUGGCCACCCUAGCCUCAGUGCUGGAGAAAGUGACGCGUGUGCAUUUUCAGGCCGCCGCCGAACACGUGAUGAUCAAGCUGGUGCCAUGUCCGGCAGUGUGUGCUGAAGCCUUCUCCCUGGUGUCCAACCUGAACCCAUACAGCUACGAUGAGAGCUGUGUGUCCAGCAGCGUGGACCACCUGCCCCUGGCAGCUCUCCCCCUCCUCGCCAUUGUCUCACCUCGCUACCAAGACGCGGUGGCGACCGUGAUCGCCCGAGCCAACCAGGUCUACCACAGCUUCCUGCAGUCAGAGGACGGGCAGGGAUUCACGGGUCAGGUAUGCCUGAUGGGCGACUGUGUGGGAGGUGUGCUGUGCUUUGACGCUUUGUGCUUCAGCAACCACCAGAGGCCUGGCAGCCCCAACAACAGUAGCAGGAACAACAGCACUGAGAGCCUGAAGGAUAACUCGGGCCUGCUCGGGGAGUCCAGCCCAGGUCUGAGUUCUAGCAAGAGGCUGAGUAAGAGCAACAUUGAUAUCUCCGCCCCUAACGAAGGCCACAGCCAGGCCGGGCCGCCACUCAGCCGUAAGCAGAGCGACUCGUACGAUGGAGACACCUCGUCUACGGGCCAGCGCAGCUUUUUCUCCAGUUUGAUGAAGGAGAGUGUGGAGGUGCGUGGUGGCAGUAGCACCAGCUUGGUGUUGAACCCCGGCCGAUUCGACUUUGAGGUGUCAGACUGCUAUCUGCUGGGCUGUCCGCUGGGCCUUGUACUGGCCAUGAGACGCACUGUGCUGCCUGCUGUCCAAGUGAGCCAGCUCCAUCCAGCCUGCUCUCAGAUUUUCAACCUGUUUUACCCCUCGGACCCUUCAGCCUCUAGACUGGAGCCGCUGCUGCAGCCUCUCUUCCACAAGUUGCCACCAUUUGCUGUACCACGCUACCAGCGCUACCCUCUCGGAGAUGGACGCUCAAUGCUCAUAGCGGAGAGUAUCCAAGGCCAUACAAACGUGUUCCUGGAAAGUGAUCAAACUCCUGGAGGUCCAGCUUCACAGCCUGGAACGAAGAGUGAAGGAGGAGGAGGAGGAGAAGAGGGAGGUCGUAGAGCCAGUGUGACCAGUGUGGAAAGUGAAACUUCGAUUUGCUCCAUGGGCCAGCUGGGAAACACCAUAGCUAACAUUUCCAGCAGCUGGUGGGGCUCCAAGAGGCUGGAUUAUGCUUUGUAUUGCCCCGAUGUGCUGACUGCCUUCCCAACAGUGGCUCUGCCUCACCUUUUUCACGCCUCUUACUGGGAAUCCACUGACGUAGCAGCUUUUGUUCUCCGGCAGCUAAUGCGAUGUGACUGUGUGAAGACCCAAGAAUCGGAUAAUCCGGACUCCGCUCCAUUUUCUCCCUCCAGCCCACGUGAGAAAUGGCUCAGAAGGAGGACACAUGUCAAACUAAGGAACGUCACCGCCAACCACAGGGUGAAUGAUGUUAUUGCCACUGAGGAUGGACCUCAAACUCUGGUUGGUCGCUUCAUGUAUGGCCCAUUAGACAUGGUUACCCUUACUGGAGAAAAGGUGGACAUCCUGCUAAUGACACAACCUCAGUCUGGCCGCUGGGUGCAUUUUGACACGGAGGUGACCAACAGCAGCGGCAGAGUCACAUAUACCAUACCCAAGAGCAAGAAGCUUGCCCUGGGAGUCUAUCCGAUUAAAAUGGUGGUCAAGGGGGAUCAAACAAGUGCAGAGGCCUACCUGACUGUGUUGCCACGGGGAAUGGAGUGUGUGGUCUUCAGCAUUGAUGGCUCUUUUGCUGCUAGUGUGUCAAUCAUGGGCAGUGACCCCAAGGUCCGCCCCGGAGCUGUCGAUGUCGUCAGGCAUUGGCAGGACCUGGGAUAUCUAAUUAUCUACAUCACAGGCCGCCCUGACAUGCAGAAGCAGCGUGUGGUAUCCUGGCUCUCGCAGCACAAUUUUCCCCAUGGGAUGAUCUUCUUUUCUGAAGGCCUGGUUCAUGAUCCCCUGAGACAGAAGACCAUCUUCCUCAGGAACCUAAUACAGGAGUGUCACAUUAAGAUCAACUCUGCUUAUGGAUCCAUGAAGGACAUCUCUGUUUACAACAUGCUCGGCCUCAGCCCCUCACAGAUUUAUAUUGUUGGCAGACCUUCGAAGAAGUACCAAAAUCAGUGCCAGUUCCUGAGCGAUGGCUAUGCAGCGCACCUCUCCACCCUUCAGUUUGGGCACAGAGCCAGAGCCAAGAAAUCUCCUUCAGUUCGUAUGGUUCUAAGGAAAGGCUCAUUUGGUCUCUCAGCGAAGCCUGACUUCCUGUGUAAGCGCACCCACCUCCGCAGGACCAUGUCAGUGCAGCAGCCCGACCCGCCGUGCACACCCAACCCAAAGCCUGAGCGAGCCCAGAGCCAGCCUGAGUCAGAUAAGGACCACGGGGGAGGAGGAGGAGGAGGAGGGGGAGGAGGAGGUGGACAGGGUGCAUGGGGAAGAGCGUCCAUGCACCGUGGAGACACCACUCCCUGACGUCAGAAAAGAGAUGGAAGGAUUGCAGGAGGAUAGAAGAGGAGUAGAAAAAGGGGUCUUAGUGUCCAGGGCCAAGUGUCACCUCUACCUACUGUAAAUGUACAUUGGAUCUUCUGCUGGUAUCCCUCAGCUUUACCUCCUGCUUGGCCCUCUACACUUUGCCACCUGUUCGGCCAUUUUUUGUGACCUGCCACUUAGUCUUCGUGCCUGAAAUUUUAAGCAGUUGCUGGGGAUGGCAAUGAUUUUUGCAAAUGUGUGUGUCAAGCUCAAAUUGUGUUAAACUGUAAAAUCAAAAGAAUGUACUUUAGCUAGUAGAUAUACACAUGUAAUCAUGCCCACACACAAGCUUCAGAGAAUGAAAAAUGUGAUGGUGACUUUGAACCUGUUGAGACUUGAGCAACAGAUUACCAGAUGCUGCACCACACACUCUGGUCCCAUUCAGACUGCUGUGCUGACAGGUGGUCAUGUUGACUGACUCCUGUACUAUCCCUCCACUCGUGUAAAUACGCAACACACAUCAUCCCUGUGUGGGCCUCUGGACACAGAAGCACUGUGACAUUUAGGUUCAAUCUGUACACGAACUCUGCAAUCUGGAGCCCCAAUCAGCCAACCUCGCCGAACGCCGGCCUCUGCCUCCAUUUCACUCCCACUGUUAGAUGUCUCCCUCGUGUUGUGGCUAGCUUACAACCCCUGCCCCUCCUACCUUCCCUUCAACCAGUCAGGCAGAACAUGCCUUUCGACAGUCGCCUCAGACUGGGAUCCACUGCCGGUGAAGUGCCAAUGUUGGCGCUGCCGUGCACGGCUCAGCCCCAGGUCGAAUUUGCACUAUCGAAGUAUUCCGCUGUGGUUAGUUGCGGUACUCGCUUCAGAAACAAGGAGUUGUAUUUGUAUUUUACUGUAUUUGUAGUUUUUGUUUUUCCUGCAGAUUGCGCACUGUUGCUGCCUGAUGGAUACUGUAACUACUGGAGGAUUAAACAAAAAUAGUUUGUAGGGAAGUGUUGGUUUUACCAAACAAUGUUUACAGAUUGAUGGACACAGUUGUAAAACGUGAUCAGAUGUGGUUUACCUAUAUAACUAAAAUGGCAGUGUAAUUGUCAUUAUUGGUAAUAUUUAGUUUAGUUUCUUUGUAGCUGCAGUAGCUUGCAGGAUAUUGUACAAUAUACUCCACGCCAGUCGAAUUUACACCAGGAUGCCCUUGCAUCCAUUUACUACAGCUGCACUGGAACCAAUAGAUUUGUGAUGAAAUCUGAUGCUGUCUUGUGCACUCAAGGUUGAAUAGAGUCUUACUGUGGCCAUGUUUAAAACUCUGUGCAAGUCAAACAUAUUUUUCUAUGAGAAAAUAUUGUAAAAAGAAAUAUUUUCAAUGUAUGUUUCUGAACCUUUUGUUGUUUGACUUGUUGAAUGCUUGAUUUUUGCCUUAAAUUGUUUUUGAUGUUGUGUAGAGAUACAAAAUUAUUAGAUUUGUUUGACCAAAGUAUUGAGUUUUACUGUUACUUCAUGACAAAGUGCAUUUUAUCUUGUUGAUAUUUUGCUUUGAAAUACUGUAUAUGUGUGCGCAUGUGUGAGUGAGUGUCUACAGUAGGUAUUUGUUGUAGAGUUGUAUUUACUGUGAACAUGAAGACAGCUAUGACAAGUAAAUGCCUCUGCAGAGGAAUCAGAGGACACAGGGAGGCCAGUGUUAAGAUACCUGCAUGUUCUAACUGCAGCUCACUACUGCCGGCUUUUCAGAACUGAGCGUGUAUUUUUAUAGGUUUGGAUUGCAGCAGUGUGUCAGAAGAUUACUUUGAGGGUUUUAUACCUGCUAUGAAAGAAAAAGGGCUUAUGAGUUCUUAGGUUGUCUUGGUUUAACUGAAAACCUGCAUAUGAAUGGAGCGUGCAAUCCAGGAGGGAGCUGUCUUUGACUCUUUUUCUUUCACCGCCUAGGUGGUCCAGUAAUUAGCUAUUUGAUUACUACUAAGUAUGUAUGAGUCCCUGUAGUACCGCCCCUGUAAUUACAGUGCACCAAUUAGCAUUACUUGGUAAUUGUAUAAUAUUGUAGAAACAAUACUAAAAUACUUAACUUGAUUUUGUUUUGCAUUUAGAUUGUUAAUACUGAAACAUUGUUAUCGAAGCAACAAAAUGAUCAUUCCCAUCAAUGUAAUAAUCAAAGUGACUCCAUAAUUCUGUAUAGUUAUAUUUUUCUGCCGUGAUGAUACACUGGAGGAGGGAAAUAUUUAUGCUGGGCAGCAUUUUAGUAAAAUGUUAGUAAAUGGCAAAAAAAGAUCAAAUGGUUAAAUGGUGAUUGUACUGUGCAUGUUAAUUAUUUGAUAUUGUUAAGUAAUGGCUAUCGAUUGUCAUGUUUGUGGUCCUCUUAACUAAUAAUAGAGUAGUUAUCUGUAAAUAAGUGGUGAAUAAUAAGUCAUUGAACCACCACAUGUUGAGUACAAUCAAAAUCAGUACUUAAUCACACUGGAGCCACCAGACAAUGACAAUGGUCAAAACAGGCAGUUAAUAAUUAAAGUCUUUACUUAACAGGAGCAGGGUUCGGUACACAGUUUAACAGUCCACGAAGGCCAAGGUAUCCAAAUCACUAGGCAAAGGCUGGGUCCAAAAUAUGUAGUUAAAACACACGAGGAACAAGGCUGAAACACUUACUUACAAAGAGCUAAGACGAACUAACAAACAGACGAGGGAGCACAGAGACUAAAUACACAAGGGAGGAAGGUAAUAAGGAACAGGUAAAACAAAUCAGGGCGGCGCAGGUGAUCAUAACAGUGGAAAAACACACAGGGACAGGAAGAGUCUGAGAAACAAAGGUGAGUCCAUCAAAAUAAAGCAGUAAAUAGUAACUGAUAAAAUGGAAACAACCUUAGAUAGAAAUGUAGCAUAUUUGAAUUUAUGAAAAAUGAGGCAGUGCAUUGUUAACACAGAUUGUGAAGUUACGUCUUUUACCUCAAACAUUCACUUAUUUAGUGGCAUUAAUAGAAACUGAUAAAUCAUAUAAAUUCCAGUUUUAUUUUAUUCUUAGAUACUAAAGGUUAAUAUUCCCAAUAUUACAGGAAAAACACCAAGAAAGAAAAGUACAAGAUUUAUUAUAUAAUGUAA